CCCUGACCUAGCGACUCAAGGGCAAGGGAUAUGCAGCUAUCCGGUACUUCAGCUUAAUGCCCUACUUACAUUUGCAGUACAGCGUUAGAUAUCCACGAUCACGACAUUCAAGACGUCUCUUAUUCACUCCGAUUUGAGUUGGGGAGACGACGCAAAUCAGUUUUGGUAUAAAUAUGAUUUUAAUGCUUUCUACCUACUAUAAAUUGCGACCCACGCAUGUUGCCUAGAAGAGAAGUGCUUACAUAGGUAGGUAUUUUGAACCGGACUAACCUCGACCUAUCCACAACAGCAUCAUCAUCAAGAUUUCACAGCAGAUAGACAGACGGGCACCUACAUAUAUACCUUGGUAUCUGGGGACCUAUCAUGAACGGAUUCUCGAGCACUCACAAUAAGACAGCAGACGCCACAUAAACACAACAGCCAUAUCUAUCAGACGACUUACCAACGUCGUCAAAUCACACCUGUAUCUCCUCAACCAGGUCCCAAAAAGUGCGGUCCUGUUCAAUGCCGUCCUGAUGAAUCGCAUAUACCACGCUCUCCUCCUAGCUGGCGCAUUCCUCCGGCCAGCAUCGGCAGAAUGCCGGAUCCUCAAGCGCGGACUAUCGCGAGACAUCCUCCUAAUAGGAGGCACACUCCUCACACCAGACGGUGUUGUCCAGCGCGAUUCCGCGCUCUUCAUCCAGGCGGGCAAGAUCGCGUACGUGGGCGACACGUGCGGGUUCGGCACGGGCAGAGGCGGUGACGACGCCAGCGUGGUGCAUUGCGCGGGCUCCGUGGUGUCGCCCGGCUUCAUCAACACCCACGAGCACAUCGACUUCUCGACCGUGGGCCCCUUUCCGGAUCUCGGGGAGCGCGUGGGACAUCGUCACGAUUGGCGCCUCGGUACCCGCAACUUCACCAUGCGCGAGGUCGCUGUGAACGGGAGCGAGGUGGAUGCCGUGGCGUGGGGUGAGCUGCGCCAUGUAUUUUCGGGGACUACGUCUAUCAUUGGAGGCGAGAUGGUCCCAGGCCUAGCCCGCAAUCUGGAUUUCCCAGAGGGACUAGAAGACGGGCUGGACGCGCGGCUCGUGAUCUACGACACUUUCCCCCUGAAGGACCGUCUGGGCAUCCUGCGCAACGGCGACUGCGACUACGGGGCCGACGCCAUCGACAGCGCCACGGCGACGCAGUACCACCGGUACAUAGGCCACGUCGGCGAGGGCGUCGACGUGGAAGCCGCGAACGAAUUCAUCUGCUUGUCCAAUGGAUCCUUCGACACCACGCCGGCCGUCGACGGCGGCGGUCUGAGCACGGAUAUCAUCGCGCCCAACGUCGUCCUCGUGCACGCGCUGGGUCUGUCGCGCGGCGACUUCGACGUCGUCGCGGCGCGGGGCGCGAAGGUGGUCUGGUCCCCGCGCAGCAACAUGUACCUCUACGGCACGACGCUGGACGUGACGUAUCUGCUCGACGCGGGGAUCACGGUGGCGCUCGGCACGGACUGGCUGCCGUCGGGCUCGGCGACGAUAGGUAGAGAGGCUGCGUGCGCGGUCUCCGCGACUAGAGAGCUUUACCACGCGAGUCUUGCGCCGGAGGUGCUGUGGGAGAUGGCGACGGUGAACGCCGCGAGGGUAGCUGGGUACGAGGACGAGCUGGGCUCGCUCGAGGUCGGGAAGGUAGCAGAUAUCGUAGUGUUCGGCGGCGGGGAGGGCGAUGGUGAUGGUGAUCCGUACGAGCAGGCUAUCUUUGCGCCGCAGGAGAAGAUUGAGCUGGUGCUCCGCGGAGGCAAGGUCCUUGUAGCAAGGUCCGAGAUGAGGGAUUUGGCGGCGGGAUCGUGCGAACAGGUCUCUUUCGGACACGUGGAUAAGAUAGUGUGCGUUAAAGAUGAACUGGGUUCUUCGUUCAGGGAGUUGGAAGCUUCACUGCGAGGCGUGUAUCCUGCUGUGUUACCGGGUAUACCUCCGUAUGAGCCGAGCUGUGAGCCGGGUAUGAAGCUGUAGUUAGCAUUUUAUGUACAAAUAGAGAGUUAUGAAGCUGUGAUGAUAUGUAUUUAUAAACGACAUUUCUCCCUUCCGUCCCUUGGCGUUUUCCAAUGGAUAGAAAUAUCUAAGCAAAUGAGCAGAGUCUCGUU